CUCGCCCGGAUGGCCUCAGCCCUCGAGAAGCCGGGACGCGACUCAGCAGACUUUAAGGGAAGUUGCUGGAGCUCGUGACCCGGCUGUCCCUCUUCCGGCCGCGGAUUUCGUCGCUGCCUCGCCAUGGCCUCGCCGGGCUCGCUGCUGCUGGCUGCGCUGCUGUGGGUCCCUGCCGAAGCCCUGAGCUGCUACGGGGACUCCGGGCGGCCUGUGGACUGGUUCGUGGUGUACAAGCUGCCGGCUCACAGCGCGGCUGGGGAUAAGCCGUGGGAGGGUCUGAAGUAUAAGUACCUGGACCAGAGCUCCGAGGGUUGGCGUGACGGCGCGGGGUACAUCAACAGCUCGGAGGGGGCCGUGGGCCGCAGCCUGCUGCCGCUGUACCGCCAGAACGCCAGCCAGCUGGCCUUUCUGCUCUACAACGAUCAGCCUCCUGAGUCCAGCUCAGCCCGGGACGCUUCCAGCCGGGGGCACACCAAAGGUGUCCUGCUCCUGGACCGAGAAGGGGGCUUCUGGCUGAUCCACAGCGUGCCUCGCUUCCCAAGCCCCGCGUCCUCCGGCGCCUACAGCUGGCCUCCCAAUGCUCAAACCUUUGGCCAGACCCUUCUCUGUGUGUCCUUCCCCUUCUCUCAGUUCUCAAGGAUUGCUAAGCAGCUAACCUAUACCUAUCCCCUGGUCUAUGACCACAAGCUGGAAGGCGUCUUUGCUCAGAAAUUACCUGUUCUAGAGGAAGUGAUCAAGGGCCACCAUGUCCUCCAGGAGCCCUGGAAUAGUAGUGUGAUCCUCACAUCAGCCGCUGGGGCCACCUUCCAGAGCUUCGCCAAAUUUGGAAAAUUUGGAGAUGACCUGUAUUCUGGCUGGUUGGCAGAAGCCCUUGGCACCAACCUUCAGGUCCAGUUCUGGCCAAAUUCUCGAGGCAGCCUGCCUUCCAACUGCUCUGGGACCCAUCAGAUCCUUGAUGUGUCCCAGACAGGCUUCCCCGGCCCAUCGGGACCAGCUUUCCUGGCCACAGAGGACCACUCCAAAUGGUGUGUGGCCCCUCGAGGGCCCUGGGCCUGUGUGGGUGACCUGAAUCGGAACGAGAGAGAGAUGCACCGGGGAGGGGGCACGCUGUGCACCCAGCUGCCUUCCCUUUGGAAGGCCUUCCAGCCCCUGGUCAGAGCCUGGAAACCCUGUGGACAGGACAGCUGACCAAAAGCCCAGCAGAGCAAAGAACGAAGACUCAGGGACCAGCUGGACGAUGGUGGUGCACGCCUUUGAUCCUAACACUUGGGAGGCAUUUGGGAGGCAGAGGCAGGUGGAUCUCUGAGUUCAAGGCCAGCCUGGUCUAGAGUGAGUUCCAGGACACCUAGGACUACACAGAGAAACCUUGUCUCAAAAAAAAAAAGAAAGAAAGAAAAAAAAGAG